GUUUCCCAGCAUGCCCUGACUGUGGUGGUGGAGGUGAAUGAGGGCGAGAGAUCUGUCCUGCUGUCCUGUCAGUUCUCAGGUUUUAUACCUGAGCGCCCUGCAGUGAUGUGGACUCGCAGUGAUCUUCAUCCCAAAUCUCUCCACCUACAACGUGAAGGAAGAGAUGAUCUUGGAGGACAAAACGAGCGUUACAGCGGGCGCACAUCGAUGAGACCUGAGGCUCUGGACACUGGAGACUUUAGCCUCACUCUGAGAAAACCAACAAAGACUGACAGUGGAGCAUACACCUGCUCCAUCAGUGAUGGACGAGAACAACUGAGAGUGACAGAUAUACAGCUGCAGGUCAAAGACGACCAAGAGGAGGUGACAAUGUGGAAAACGUCAGACUUCAUCAUCCUGCCCUGCAAA